CGUUGAAGGGCCUUAAGUUUCCUUUCUGUGAUGAAAUGAAAGAGCAACAGGCAGGGCCCCUUUAGGUGACACCGUUUACAUUUCCUAGAGGUCUGUCUCUUUCAGAGCCCGAUGUGAAAACCCCAACUGUAAGCCCGGUUGUUGCACAGUGAGCUCUAUCUGUUGCCCCUCCAGAGCCUCCCUCACAUGGGCCGCCUUAUUGACUCCAGGCAGCUUUUGCUUUCCUUUCCGGGUUUCUACAUCACACAGCUGAUCUGAAGAGUUUAAAACCCCUCCACCUGCGAUACGUGGUGGCAGUGGAUAAGGAGAGACUACAAAACAUACAGCUGACGGGAAGGUGCAGAAUGGCAGAAUUUAAACUGUAUGGAUACCAAGAGGAAGUUGUUGAAAGGGCUCUUCAGAAGGAGAAUAUAAUCAUAUGGCUGCCGACCGGAGGUGGGAAGACUCGUGCUGCUGUUUAUGUGGCAAAGAAACACCUGGAGACCACACCGAAGGCUAAAGUCAUGGUCCUGGUAAACAAGGUUCCCCUGGUAGACCAACACUAUAGCAAAGAGUUCAAGCCUCAUCUGGGCAGCAGCUACACCCUGGUGGCAGUCAGUGGAGAGAGCGAGGAGAAGGACUUCUUUGGGAAGGUGGUGCAGAGAUCAGAUGUGGUCAUCUGCACAGCCCAGAUUUUGCACAACGCUAUGAUAAACAUGGAAGAAACCAAACAUGUUGAGCUCUCAGAUAUCACUCUACUGAUAAUUGAUGAGUGUCACCACACCACAAAGGAGCACACCUACAACCAGAUAAUGGCCUGCUACGUGGAGAAAAAACUGAAAGGAGAGAAACCAUUACCACAGAUCCUGGGUCUCACUGCCUCACCAGGGACAGGUGGUGAAACAAUCCUGUAUAAAGCUGUGGAGCAUGUGCUGCAGAUUUGUUCAAAUCUUGACUCAGCCAUAGUUUCAACAAAAAACUACGUGACUGAGCUGAAGGAGAAGGUGCCCCGCCCUGUAAAGAAAUUCAACAUUGUGAAGAAGAGGCCUAAGGAUCCAUUUGGGGAUCAUCUGAAGAGGAUGAUGCAUCAAAUCCAUGAGUUCAUCAACAUCCCUUCAGACUUCCCUCUGAGACAAUGUGGCACACAGGAGUAUGAGCAGGAUGUGGUGUUACUGGAGCAGCGGGCAGUGGAACUCAGCAAUAGACCGUUAGCACAAUGUGCACUCCACCUCAGACAAUACAACGAUGCCCUGCUCAUCAAUGACACCCUACGAAUGAUGGAUGCAUACCGCUCCCUGGAGCAUUUCUACAUCCCCAAGUAUGACAAACAGUUUGACGGAACAGACAUCUUCCUGGUGGGACUUUUCCAAGAGAAUCAGAGGGAGCUGAAGAAUCUGGCAAACAAUCCCCUCUAUGAGAACCCAAGGAUGUUUGAACUUGAGAGCGUCCUGCUGGAUCAGUUUGGUCCAAAUGUGGAAUCAAGAGGGAUCAUCUUCUGUAAAACCCGUCAUAGCACACGCUGCCUCAAUGACUGGGUGCUCUCAAAUAAAGCCUUACAAGACGCAGGCAUCGAGGCGGCCAUCCUCACUGGGGCGGGCAACAACAUCACCCACAUGACAAUGAAUGAGCAGGCGAACACGAUCCGCAGUUUCCGCCAGGGUAAACUUAACCUCCUGAUCUCCACCAGUGUUGCUGAGGAAGGCCUCGACAUCCCAGAGUGCAACCUGGUGGUCCGCUAUGGGCUGCUCACAAAUGAGAUUGCCCAGCUGCAGGCUAGUGGACGGGCCAGAGCGAAAAACAGUCAGUACUCAGUGGUUGCGGAGGAAGGGGGGCCAGAAGUGCGCCGGGAGGAAACCAAUGAAUACCUGGAAGAGCUGACAGGACAAGCCGUGGCCCAGGUCCAACAGCUGGACAUUCAAGAAUUUCACAAAAAGAUAACUGAGCGACAAAAGCAGGCAGUUGAUGUAAGGAAAGCUCAGGAGAACCAAAAAAUGGCGAAAAGGAACCGCAACACUGCUGACAGUGUCCAGCUGUUGUGUCGGGGUUGUUUAAAGCCUGUGGCCUCUGGCAGUGACAUGAGAGUUAUUGAGAAUAUGCAUCAUGUCAACGUCAAUCCGGAUUUUAAGAAGCACUACAAAACUGGUGGGCAGGUGCUGAUUCCAAGGACUUUUGAAGACUGGGAGCCUGGAUGUAAAAUCCACUGCAAGAGCUGCAACCGGGAAUGGGGAUCUGAGAUGAAAUACAAGAAGAUUGCGAUCUUGCCCAAAAUAGCAAUUGAGCACUUUGCUAUGAAGACCCCUGAAGGCCAGACAACCAAGAAGAAAUGGAAGGAUGUAGAGUUUCCUGUAGGGAAUUUCAGCUUUAAAGAAUACUGCCAAGAGAACUUCCCAGACAUCUUUGACUAGGACAGAGAUGAUCAUUCUCUUGGGUUUUAUCAUCCUUACAUUCGUUUUCUUAUUGCUUUUUUUUUUUUUUUUUACAGUUUUUUUUUCUUUUUAAAUCUGGGAUACAUUAUUGUCUUGUUGUAUAGGAACACAUGCGAGCUAACAUGCUAGCAUCUAAAUAUGCUGCAGGGCCAACAAGGCAGGAGCAUGACAAAUGCAUCAUGCAUCGUUCAUGCUUAAAAAUAGCACGAGAACUGUGUUUAUACCUGAGGCCUUAAGUCCUUUUGCAUGUUUUUGUUUACAUUUCUUCUUCUUAAUCUAAAGUCAAGCAUAGAAACGAAGCACAUAAUGAAGUCUGCUGUUUCAUGAACCCUGACCAUGAGAGAGACAACAGGAGGAUUCAUACUGAAUGUCUUUUAGCUGUUUUUAAAUGUUUUCAAUUGGCUGCUAGAUAUUCCCUUGAAUGCAGGAGUAGUCACGCGGAUGUGUGUUUGGACUAUGUAGACUACAAAUCUGAUUUGAUUUGUAAUGUUUUAUAUAUUCAUUAACAUCUGCAAGCUGCUGCAGUUUGUCUCUAAUGUAUUUAUAACUGAGUCUUAUUUUAUAACAAUUAAUGAUGGCCUAUGUGCAAUACGUUUACAUUCAACUGGGGAGAAUUUUUAUGCUUAAUCUUUCCUCUGGAAAUGCCUUAGAGGCUUUUGUAUUUCUUCUGCCUUUUUUAACCACUAGAUGUCAGUGUUGGUUAGCAAAUCAAGUCUAGCUGUACAUGUAUCCCUGAAAGUACUGUAAUAGUGUCUCCGGUGUCACUUGGGGUAAGAGAUAUUUAAUCAUGUUAAGAAAAAUAAGGUUAUAGGAGUGUUUUAUUCUUACCAAAUUUGAGCAAGGCACGCCUCAUCCCGCUUGAAGCCUCUUUACAUUGGUGGGUUCAGCCUCCUAAUGUGCAUACAUGAUAUCUGGAAAAGAAAAAUGUACACAUUUUUACUGCUUUACAUCUAAAAUAAAAACAGGGUCUUUGUUUGAAACUGUUGCAAGAGCAUCAAAAUGUCA